GACGGACGUUGCUUAUGUACAAUCGGAUAUCAACCCACUAAUGACGGGGAAAUGUGUGUGAAGAAAGUCUACAAUGUCUGCAGGGACGGAAAAUCACGUACACAAUAUGGGGAAUGCUUGGACCAGCACCAAUGGUCGCUUCACUGCAAAGAUGAAGUGUGCCAAACAGCGGAGGACUACAGUGGUUAUGACAGGGAACUGGGUCUGUGUGUCUGCAGAGAGCCUCCUGGUGGAGCUGCAUGUGGAGGCCUAUGCAGAAGGAAGCUGGCCACCCAUCUAAAGCUCCAGUGCAGAUAUGAUAAAUACAUGGCCGUGACAUGGAGCUAUGGAAGUCAGGUGUCAAGUAUCUCAGGCAGUGUGCUGCACACCGUUUUUGAAAGGUGGGAUUCCCAGGGGACCCUCCAGUGCAGCAGCCAUCACAAAUCCUCACGUCCUGUCUACAUUGUUCAGACAACAGAGGAAGGAUUCUUUGGCCUCCUCAGUGGGCUCCCAGAGGAAAUUCAGCAACUGUUUCCAGACACCACUUCAACUGAGGAAGAUUAUAAUAUCCUGGAUGAAGUAAAUGUUACAGAAAACGUCAGUAAUGCAAAAAGAGACCCUUAUUUCAGACAGUGGAAUAAAGACUUGAUUGACACGGAAGAUAAGAGUCCGCUAAGUAGAACUGGAGUUCUCAACCCAACAACAUGUCUCCACUUGGGAGAUAUUUUACUUUUCACCAUCAGCAUGCACCAUUACCCGAUGUAUGAUGUUGAAAAUCUCUACAACACAAACAGUGAUUUUGACUGGGGCUCGUUCAGGCUGCUGAAAGAAAAGCUGACACUGUCCUGGACUCCUCCUUCCUUCUUCUCAGUGGUAUUUACCAACCCUGGAGUUUAUGUCUUCAAACUUAGCAGCAACCAGCAUAAACACAUGUAUGUGCGAGUGAUGCCUUCAGGGGGCCAAUGUUAUGAGCCAGGGCCCUUCUUCCCAGCCAUCCCGAGACAUUUGACCCAAAUGGGAAUAAGCAGAAGACGUGACCUAUUACUUCGACCAGACUGGUUGGUGACGUUUGGGCUGGUUUUUGGAGCUGUGGUCAUUCUCUGUUUAUGUGUUGCACUGCUGAUUAUAUUCAAGGAGUAUGGGUGGCCAGAAAAGGAGCCAGUCAAAGCAAGGUAUCGGUCGUUGCAGUUGUCCUACCAAAUGGAUGACUAUGCAUCAAAAGGUUCAAGGAUUUACACAAUAAGGAAGACCAAUCGAAAUCAACAAGCCCAACAAAUGAAAGACUCCAUCCAACCAGCCUGUCUGGAUGUUUUAAAUGAGUUCUGGGAUUAUGAACACCAGGUGGAUUUGGAGGCUUUCAAUAGCAACACCUUCUAUAGCCUGCUGCUCAAACAAAGCUUGUCUGUCACUAAAAGGCUGGGGCAGCUCACGACUGAGGUAAAGGAGAUGUGUCAGGGAGUCCUUGGGAAAUUACAGCUGCUCCACCCAGGCAUGAUAGCUGAAGACAGGGUGGGGGAAGGUUACGAGAGGAUGAGGAAAGAGGUGGAGAAAGAAGUUGGGAGACGGAAAUCUUUGGCUUCCCAUCUACAAACUUUGCUCGAAAAUCAGCUAGAGAUUCUGAGGCGAGAACAGCAGGCCAAGCAGCGGGUCUACAGUAUGUUCUCAUCUUGGCUCAGGGAGUGCACCAGACUGCUGUCCAAGAAUUUCAGCAAUAACCAGUCAUCCUGUGAGCUACAAGAGCAAAUUUUUACAGAUAAGCUUAUGUCACUUGUGGAUGAAAUGGGGGAGCUGGUGACAACAGAGUGCCACCGUCAGGGAGCAUGGGGGCUGUUGGGUGAAAGUACAGGAGCCAAGCUGCUCUGCCCAGACACAGGGACUGUCCUGACCAAAGACGACAUCUUUGGUCCUGACGGGUCUUUGCGUGUCCCUGCUGCAGUUCACUGCGAUCCGGUCACCGGGCUCAUAAGGCCAAACGCUCACAGCCACAUGUUGCUGAGCAGCGGCCACACCAUGGCAGUGCCCCCUGAUUAUUUCAUCCACCCACAGACUGGCAGAGUUUUACCCAUCGUUGGCAACGUGGCCUAUGACCCUGUCAGUUCUACGUUAGUCUUCACUACUGACCUUUGUACAGGUGAGACCAGAAAGUUGGACAGUCCCCUCCUUCCUUUCCUCCCUUAUCCAAUCUCCUGCCACUCCGAACAGCCAUUGCCUUGCAUUCAUCUCAAAGGCCUAAAACCUGGACAGAGGCUGCAGCUGGGAAUGCCCAUGGCCGAUCCAGACACAGGUGUCCCAGUUCCCACCUUGGCAGUAACUAUCCACCCACAGACUGGAUUAGUUUACCCACUGGGAGGGCUACAUAUGUGCCCACUCUCUCGCCUGUUGCAACCAAUACAAGUAGGGUAUCCCAUGCUGGACUCAAGGACAGGGAACAUGGUGCUCACUGUUGGGAUCAGUUUAGAUGUUGUAACAGGACACAUACAGCCAGUAGGUGGGGCACUACUCUGUGAGGUCUUCACUGAACCUUUAAGUGGACAAAUGGUGAGAGUUGGAGGAGCCACCAUCCGAGCCGGACAGUUGGUACCUCAUGCAGGAGGAUACCAAACCUUACUAGACAGCAAGGUUCUGCUUGAGAUGUUUAAAACAGUGGAUCUCCUGAAGCCACUAACUGAUGAAUGGAGCUCUGAUCCAAAUGGACAAGAAACUAACAAGAAUAUAGGUGCUCGAUUAGAUGAUCUCCUAACUGCAAGCAAGGAUCUUGAGCAGGCCUGGGGGAGGAGUCUGUACUGUGGGCUGCAGGUUUGGACCAGGUUUGAGAUGCUGCUUGAUUGGGCUCAGGGUCUCCAGCAGGAUGGUGGGACACUUGGUGAAAUGCCACUGCCAGAUUCAAAUAUGUGUCUGCCAGCUCUCUUGGGGAUGGAAUAUCCUGACCCUCUGGGAUCUGGUCUAAGUGUUCCUGUGCUCGGCUGCCAGAGGGAUCCUUUCUCAGGGAAAAUUAUUCCUUUGGCAGGAACCAUGGAAGACCCUAAAGGAAAAGGCCUGGUGGCAAUCCGUUAUGGAGCCCAGGCUGUGGAUCCCUUGACUGGGCUGUUGGCCCCAGUAGUUGGAGCGAAGCUGGAUGUGUCCAGGAAAAUCAUUGUGCCUGUCACAUCUUCAUUCUGGCUGAUGAUGGCAGAGCAAACAGAUGGUGUACAGGUGGAGGCACUGCAGAAAGAAAUGUGUGUGAGAAAGAUAUACUGGGAGCAGCAAAGGCAGCGUGAGGAGGAUAUCCUCAUCGAUCUGGAUUUGGCUUUAUUCCAGCAUCUAUUUAGAGUUACAGAUUCAAAUUCACAGGACCAGUGGUCAGGGAAGCAUCUGAAAGAGGCAGCCACCGAGCUGCAGGACAUUGCCCAAACUGAAGUCCAAAGGAGAGCGGCCCAGCGCUCAUUCUUGGCUCUGGUCCUUCCCUCACAUGUUCUACACAUUCUUACAUGUGGUGAUGAAGAGGAAUGGGACCAGCAGUGUGCAUGGUACUCAGUGGUCAUUUCUGCCCUUGAUAAGCUGGAUGUGUGCAUGGAACACCUGCAACAAGACAUUGAGAAAUGGUCGUCUCAGCCAGAAGAGUGGUCAGCAAACCUCAAUGCGAUGGAUAGAGAGCUGAGAAAAAGAGAAACAUGGGAGCAGUGUUGUUCCAUUCAGACUGAGGUGGAUUCUGCUAUCACUUUGCUCCAUUUUAUUAGACAUGUCUCUCAGCUGCGUGCCAAUACUGCGCAGGGAGUACUCUGUGGACACUUUUGGUUCAAGAACUACGGCUUGGUCCAAGGCAGUGAAUAUAAACCAAGCAUUACAAUGAUGGCUCUGCUCCAACAGAGGGCUGUGCUCCUGCUUGAAAGACUGAAUAUAAUCUUAGAAGAAAAACCAACUAGCCGUUAUUCCAACAUCUUCAACCUGCAAAGCUCUGGAGACUCAACCCAGUCCCGCAGGGAGCCUGCAUAUGUCAAGUUCCAGGAUGCUAAUCUUCAGACCUGCAAACGACAGGAUGCAUCCUCUGGUGUUCAGUCUCAAGGAAGUCAGCAGGCAAAAGAAACUGAUAAGUGUACUAAUAUGGCUGUUCCUGCUAUACGAGAAGAGCAAUGGAAAAGGCUGUUGGGGAUGUCUCCUUUAUUCCAGCUGUUAAAGAAACUAGAGCUACAGCUAAAGACCGCGGCUGAGCGGGUUGUUUUUCUAAGACAAGAGCUUGACAACAGAGGGAACAGUUUUGUGGAUGUCCUUGAUGCUCAGUGGGAAUGUGAAGGAGAGCUGAUCCCUUUGGACCUGUCAGUCCUCAGCCCCAAAGAGUUCUUGGUCUACCAGCAUGGGAUAUUCCUCAUCAAUACACUACAUAAUCUAAAAGUGACCCCGGCUAUUUCACUUCAGAUAGCACUGAGACUACCUAACAACAACUACUUCAAGAAUGCCUUCAGGAACUCCUUCUUUUAUCAGGAGGCAGAGGAGACGCUUUUUGUCCGUCGCCAGAGGCUGCAGUCUGUUGGUGGUUUCUCUCUUAUGCUGCUUCACUGUCUCUCACAUAUUAAAACUAAAGACAUGAGCUCCGACUUAAGUCCAGCGUUCCAGAGACUUUUCUACAAGACUCUACAAGAUUGUCUCCAAGAGCUUUUUCUGGCCAGGCUGAACAUCUGUUCUGGACAGGAAUCGAGAUUGUGUAUUGGUUUUCAGGAGCAAUGUGAUUUAAAGGAGGCUUUGUCAGAUCCCCUGGCUGUCUCAGUUCUUCAAAGGUUUCAUCAAACAAGCAGAGGAUUGCUAUCUGAAGAUGAGGUGGAGAAAAUGCAAAUGAAACACAGAGAAUCAUCUCUUUCAUUGCAUCUUGAUGAAUGUCUGAGGGAUAAGAGCUCUCUGGAUAAAGAGAGAUCAGACUGGCUGAACCAACAUCUGUCAUAAUUUCAUGCUAGUAUAACUCUCUCCCAUCACACACCCUCCUUGCCAAAACUGUGAUGGUUCACUGUACCCAGAGAGAGUAUUCAUCUUCAAUCACAACGAUUGCAUGUUGUUGGGUUCAAUGUUACUGGUACUUGUACUCUGCAUCUUCCAAUUUAUCCAGGACCUGGUCGGACAGCAGUCUCAGCAAAGACUCCCAGAUUUCUGUUUCUUUAUACACCUGCUCCAGCUCUUCUGGGGGUAAAGCACUCCAAGACCAAAAAAGAGCCUCCCUCCAGAGUGUUUCUGGAGUUUUCCCCCUUAUUGCCCAACCACCUUGUGUAGAAACCUAAUUUCUGCAGCUUGUAUCUGUGAUCUUGUUCUUUUGGUUAUAAUACAGACUUCAUGACCAUAGGUAAGGGCAGGAAAAUAAACUGAUUGGUAAACUGAAAUAUUUGCCAAGGUAUCAAAAGUGUAAACACAAAUGCAAUGUAAUAGUAAUGAAAAGUUUUCAUUAUUAUC